GGACAAGAUUCAGACAACCUGAAACCACUACAAGCACACUAGAUGAGGUUUGACACUGUCAGAGACAAAAGAAGAAGAACAACCAUCAGAUACGGAUACAGACACAAAGACGACUAUCAGAUACAAAGAAAUGCUGAGAAACAACACAGGUGAAAAACACCCAUGAUUCAAGGAGGUGAAAAUACAAGUUAAGAGGUACAAAAAAAAAGAGAAACAGAGAUGGUGAGAGACGUCACAGAGGAACAUCUUACAGUAUACGUGUACUUUCCAAUACACACAUUCACUCACACACUCAUGGCAAACAAUGUGCACAGCUAUCAUUUUGGACAUUCGUUUUUAAAACGCACAUUGUCUGAUAAAAACUUUCAAUCAUGUGCUACUAUGUCUUCCAGAUCAUUUGUAUCCUUGCCGUUUCUCUCCUACUGAUAUCACUUGGCAUCAGCGGUACAGAAAAUGGGUCUGAGAUGAAUUGUAUUUCAGUGAUCAGAGUGCCACGAAACACAGUGUUUAGAGCUCCAGUUAUGACCAAGUUGAAGAUAAACUGUACUAUAACUCUAGAAGGAUGUCACAGGAUCCCAAGAGUCUCAUGGUGCAAACUCAAUGGAAGUGACUGUAAAGCUUUUAAUUACUCACAUCACAUAAAAACUGAUUUGAAGAGCAUGAAAGAACAUGAAUGGAUGGCUUUCCUGUUUUUCCUGAACAUCUCAAUGGAGGACACAGGUUCCUACAGAUGUAAAGUUGGUGACACAUCUAUAUCUCAUGCUAUUAAUGUCACUGUGACAGAUAAAAAUGAGAACGAGGUGUCAAGCAAUCAAAGCAACACACGUGAUCCAAAUUCAGGUCAAAAGGAUGAUCUUAAAUGGCUCUGGCCAUAUGUGUACAUCUGCAGUGGAAUAGCAGGUCUGGUGGUCAUAGUUACGACUGUAACAUUGCUUAUCAUCAGAUGCAAAGGGACAAAAUCAACAAGAAAAGAUAUGACAACUAAAAAUCAGAGCAGAGCUCAUCACAACACCCCUUCCCCCUCUGAUCAGCUGACCUCUGCUUUAUAUCAUGGCUGUGAAACUCCAGCUGUCAGAGGAGCAACAUCAGCUGGAAGAGUUUCAGAUGGUAGCCACAACACCGCUGGCACAGAAAGAGGCGAAGAAGAAAAUGCUCUGGUGUAUGCUUCUUUGAAUCACCAGGCUAUGUCGAGAGUGCCGAGAAGAACAGCACGACAAGAACCAGAACAUUCAGAAUAUGCGGCAAUCCGGUUCCGGUGAUUCAAUGAAUCAUUUACUUAAAAAAGUUUAAAAAAGAAUACUAAGAAAUGACCAAUGAGAAAAUGGUGACUCAUUUGUCAUUCUGUAUUUAGAAAUCAGUUUAAAAUACUGUCUGUGAGCUGUAGUCCCAGCUUUUGGACACCUCUGUGUCGCAUAGUGCAAAUGUUUGCUAUCUCAAGAGUCCAGCAAGAAUUACUAGUGUUCUUAAAUUUACAAAAACAA